AUGGUGAUGGAAUCGCUGCCCAGUGGGCGGUUCUGGCCUUUGUCUCCGCGUCUCUGGCGAAGAAGCAACGAGUACUCGAAGGUAGUGUUCGAGCCACGGAAACCUCCUUUGUCCCCGAUUGAAAUUCGAAAACAUCGAAUCGACGUUACGCCCGAUCUACUGCGUUCGAGAUUCAUAAAGGAACGUUUGGAGCAUUUAAAUUUGGAAAGCGAAGCAGAAGUAAGGAAACCGGAAGUCAAGAAACCAGACGCUAAAGCUCUGGAGGAAGUGAAGUUGAGGUGUAAGAAGAGGCGGGAACCGCGACCGAAUAGUCUACAGCUGUUGUUGUGUCCGUCCAGUUCUGGUCAUUACAGCAGUAAUACUUGGAGAUACACGAGAGUGAGGUCUAAGAGUCAUGAACCGGAAGGUGGCGGGCGGUGCGGCGAGGGGCCGCUAGCUCGAGCGAUGCAGCCUGCCUCGCCGAAGCGGCAUGCGCCUGCGCAGACCGGUGGUGCAGCACCAGAUCCAACCACAUUGAAAGUCCACCUUCCAAAUGGUGGUUUCAACGUGGUCAGAGCGUCGAACGAUGAGGAUGUUCGCUCAGUGAUUAGGUGUCUCGCCGCCAGGCUAGCUGCGGGCGACCGCGUCUACACCUCGUGUUUUGCACUGCGUGCGCGGCGAUUGACAACUGGAAAGAUUCGAUGGAUACAUCAAGACACACCUGUAUCAGAAUUGCUCACAAAAUGGCCGGCGAGCGAGUGGCGAUUGGAGCUGCGCGUGAGAUACCUUCCGGCCAACCUCAGAGACCUUUGCGACUCGGAUCGAGUCACCUUCCAUUACUAUUACGAUCAGGUGAGACAUGACUACCUCAACGCAAAUCAUCCAAUGGUGGAUCAAGACCUGGCGAUACAGAUUUGCUGCUUAGAAAUCAAAUACUUCUGCAAAGACAUCUCAUUGGAUAAGAAAUCGAACCUGGAUUACUUAGAGAAAGAGUUUGGCUUGCACAAGUUCCUGCCGAAAUCUGUAUUGGACGCCAUCAAACCCAAGCUCCUGAAAAAAGCGAUACAACAACAAUAUAAGAAGGUAUCAAAUCUCAGUGACACAGAAUGUAUGUUAAAAUACUUGGAGACGAUGCAUACGCACUACGGGUAUGAUCGGGAGACAUUUACUGGCGCGCUCGGUACGGGCUGGGCUAUACCCGUGGAAUUGGCUAUCGGUCCCGAUAUAGACAUAUCAUACGUGUCUCACAAGGCAGGGGAACCGCCUACAUACACCAAAAUCGCGUCAUUUUGUGAUAUCGUGGCCGUACAGACACUCAAAUCCAACUGCACUCAACAGUCGCAAACGCAGAGUGGCAGUUCGUGUGGCAAGGCAGCUUUGCAGCUACGAGUGAAAGGUGCCAGUGAAACAUUAACAAUUACUUGCAGCAGUGUUGAGGCUGCAGAAAGUCUGGCAGAUCUCGUAGAUGGCUACUGUCGACUCGUCACAGAUUCACAGACGUCUCUAUGGAACAGAACUACGGAAAUGAGCAGCAGUUCCUCGGAAGGCAAGACUAGUUCGUGGGAAGCAAACACGGCCACUCUCUUGUCCGAAGAUUACGCGGAAAUUGUAGAUGAUGAUGCUGAUUAUUCCACGCCGGCAGUUCGAGAUUACGAGUUAGUUCGUAAUCAGAUAGAACUGACUGGAAUAAUUGGUGAAGGACAAUUUGGUGAUGUCCAUAAAGGAACUUGUAAAGUGACGUCAGCCAACCACCCAUCUCUGCGUCGUCAACUCGCAAUACAAAAGCAGCAAGGCAAAACUCCUACAGGCGAAUACGUACUGCCCGUUGCGGUCAAGACCUGCAAGAUGGACGCAGACCUGGAUACAGCGGAGAAAUUUCUAGAAGAAGCUUAUAUAAUGCAACAAUUCUCACAUCCGCACAUAAUCGGCUUAGUAGGAGUAUGUAGUACUCCGCCAAUCUGGAUAGUGAUGGAGUUGGCAACACUGGGAGAAAUGCGAGCGUACUUACAACAAAACGCACACAGAUUGGAAACGUGUACACUAGUGCUCUACAUCUACCAGUUAUCAACAGCUCUUAGCUAUUUAGAGAGCAAGAAGUUCGUACAUCGCGAUAUUGCUGCGAGAAAUGUUCUAGUCUCUACUCCUACUUGUGUUAAGUUAGCAGAUUUCGGAUUAUCUAAAAUGGUGGAAGAUAAAUCUUAUUAUAAGGCGUCUCGAGGCAAACUCCCUAUCAAGUGGAUGGCCCCGGAGUCUAUCAACUUCAGACGAUUCACUUCCGCCUCAGACGUUUGGAUGUUUGGUGUGUGUAUGUGGGAAAUUCUCAUGUUAGGUGUAAAACCAUUCAGUGGAGUUAAGAACAAUGACGUGAUCGGGAAAUUGGAAAACGGAGAGCGUUUAGCGUUGCCGCCGCGUUGUCCACCGCGGUUGUACUCCCUCAUGUCGCGCUGUUGGACAUAUGAACCUUCACACAGGCCUACCGCUAGUCAACUCAAGGAAACGCUUUGUGAGAUACUCCAAGAAGAACGCAGUACAGCAUGGGAUACAAUGAGACGUGAGAACAGACGUGUUGCAGCCGCUUCUUGGGGUGAGCAUGCGCCGCCGAAACCCUGCAGACCGGCUACGGAUCUCUCAGCAGUCACAGAUACAAAAACGGGUACCCCUGGAGGACCGCAAACCUACAUCGUGGCACAGAACCCUCUAGUCUUGGCCCACCUCCUGCGAGAGAACCAGUCACGCGCGAUCCAUCCACAGGCCUACAACACACCAGCCUCGGUAUUCAACACAGUCGCGGUUGACUUCGCGCAAACUCUACCGGAGAACGACAUCGAAAAGAUCGCCAAUCCCAAACCCGAUGAGAUAAUAGACAUUCCUCUUCAAACUGCCCCCAUCCCAGCUGAUAAACUCCACAAACUCGAUCCCGUCGUUCCAGAAACAGAAACUCUGACCGUAGUCGUUGACGGUAAAGAGAGCUGUGAUAAUUUAUGUCAGAACAUACCAUCCCCUAUAUCCCCUAAAACUGAAGAUGCCCCUGAACCGUACCCCAGUCGAGUCAGGUCGUUAGAGAGAACUCCCAGAACCCUCACAGAACGCGGUCCUAUACGAAUGGGUUCCUUAGAACGAAAUGCAAGAGGCAGUCUAUCUCAUAGGGGCUCCCCGGUCCCGAUAGCGCCUUUUACAAGGCAGCACUCUGUCCCCGCUUCACCUCCCCCAAGAAACCGUAGAGAACAGGACAUAGGUCAAUUCUCCGUUCAGGGCGCUUUGAAUGCUCAAUUGGCCGCUAGUGUAGUUAAUAAAAUGCGUCUACAACCAGACCCUCCUUUAGUGGAGGAGAUAUAUGAUUUUGGCGGCGACAACGUCAAAAGCUGCGCGGCCAUCGCUGCUCACAAGGCGGGACUCAAACCGCAGUAUCGCCCCAUCAACAUGGCCGCAUCACACCCGUCGACUUAUGGCGUCCCAGUGGGCGUUGUUCAGGGCGUUCCGUACCAAAGUCCAGCGAAACCUAGUCAGAAGUCUAGUCAUUUCCGUUCGGCCAGUCCUCAAGUCUAUCCCCCCUCGUCGCCGCAGGGCUUUCCCAUGGGCGUGAUACAGCCAAUGUCGUACCCUCAACAGAUUUUCAGUACUCAAAAUGUCGUGCAGGGCCCCCAACCUAUGUCGUAUAGGCCGCAAGUGUCGUCUUCGCAGGCGAUUAGUCAGAUGGCGUCCACUGCGGGCUUUCAAGGCCAGAGCCGGCCUCAAUUCACUUCCGCGUCCGCAGUGGAUGCGCAAACGAUAUAUGCGUCGCGUCAGGAGUGUUCGCCCGUUGUGACGUCAUCGCAAGCAGCGCAGAGUCCGGAAUUCGAUACCGAGCAGGCUGUGGAACGGCGCCUUCUCGCGGAGCUUGCGAGACAGCAACACCAGAGCGAAGAAGAUAGGCGAUGGCUGCAGAUGCAAGAAGACAAUUUGAAGCGGCUAUCGAACGUGCAGCUCACAACUAGCACAGAUGAAAGUCAGUCAACGAGUGACAGCAGAACUGAAGCGACCUCUACUCGUGAUAAACCUUCUAGUCAGACACAUUCAGUGACAAACUCAGCAGAAACCAGUCCAGCUAACACCGUGAAACCCAAAGAUAAACCAACAAGCGAUGAUAAGAAACAAACACCAAGCACAUCCAGCGGUAACAAAGAACCAGUGUAUGUGGCGACAACUGAAGUAGUUCGGUGCGUGAUGCGGCUGGCUAGCGCCGCGAACCGGUCCGUAUCGCCGGCCGGAGUCUUGGAAGCUGUGCGCAGCGUUGGUGCGGCUUUGCGUGAACUCUGCGCUACUGUUGAUGCCCUGGUACCGCCGUAUCCAGUUGCGGCACAAAGGGAAGUGGAAAUGGCGCAUCAGGUCCUCAGUAAAGAUAUGUCAGGUCUGGUGGAAGCAAUGCGGGUCGCAAUACAUUACCACAACACCACGCUGCAUCAUGAGUACACUAAAAGCAUGUUAGCAGCCGCCCAUGUCCUCGCGAUGGAUGCAAAGAACCUACUCGACGUAGUAGAUUGUAUCCGCGAACGAUAUCCGCACAUCGACUGGCGAGCCGCGUUAGAACAGGCAGACCUUUCCCCCUCCCUCCACAACCCUCAAAAUCAAACCCUCACACAGAAUAACACACCGCAAUGCCAAACAUUAACCCCCCAAAACCCAAUUCUGAGCACUCAGUCUUCCAUACAAGAAGACGAGAUCAAACCGGACUUCAAAAUCAACCAACCGGUAACGACAGUUCAAGGCACAGUUCAAACAAGCGACCAGAAGGAAAGCAACAGUCUCCCAGUAACAUCGAAUCGUGUAUCGACACUAAUACACAACUACAAUUUGUAUGGGAACGUUCGGGAACCACACAUCUAUGGUAACGAGGGCGUAUCAUUCCAACAUUCGCAAUCGGUCGACGAUUCGAGAAUCGAUACCGCGCCAAUCGAAUCGGUCAAGAGUCGAGUUCAAGCGAUUUCCGGUAAAAUCGAUUCGCCGCCGAUCUACUCGAUUAGCAAGAAGAUGGUUCCACUUGAGCAAAAUGUUCACACCGAUCAAGGGUGA